CGCUGAUAUUACGCAUUCAGAGCUGAUCCGCUGUCCGGGCUUCGGUGCAGCACACGGGCUAUGGAACGGGACGACUCUCCUCUUUUUGACUCGCACGAGCAGCAUGCGAGACGGGGACCGACAUGACAGUGAACAGCAGAGGGACCAAAGCUGCUCCUUCGCCGAUGCAGAGGCGGCUGUCGGCGCUCCCGAGGCCGGCGGUGGGAGUCCGGUACGCGGCGCUGGUGGCGGUGUGCGCGCUCUGCUACAGUAACUCUCUCUGGGGGGAGUUUGUGCAUGAUGAUAUAUGGGCCAUCACCAACAAUCCCGAUGUCAGACCGGGCUCCAGCCUCCGGAGCAUCUUCACCAAUGACUUUUGGGGCAAGCGGAUGGCUGAUAACACCAGCCACAAAUCCUACCGUCCUCUCUGCAUCCUCACGUUCAAGUUAAACAUUUUGCUGGGCGGCAUGACUCCAUUCUACUUCCACCUGGUGAACGUGUUUCUGCACUGCAUGGUGACGGCGCUGCUCAUGCUCACCUGCGAACAGUGUGUGUUUGAAGACAGCAACUUCUCUUUCCUCACCGCACUGCUUUUCUCUGUCCACCCCAUUCACACCGAAGCUGUGUCUGGGAUUGUUGGGAGAGCUGAUGUGUUAGCCUGCGUGUUGUUCCUCUUAUCCUUUCUCUCCUAUAUUAGGAGUGUGUCAGCAAGCAGAAUAGCUGACGAGUUUCCCCCCACAGUGUCUGUCUUGUCACUAGCUCUCAGUCUGUUGUUGGGCACCUGUGCCAUGCUGGUGAAAGAGACGGGCGUUACGGUGUUUGGUGUGUGCGUCCUAUACGAUUUCCUGGUGCUGUGCCGCAAACCACUCAUCUUACACCUGUCGCGCUCCAGGUUGAAGGAGCUCGUCAGAAUUUCCAGCCCGUUCGUCAAACGAGCUUGCGUCAUCUCGCUACAUGUUACAGUCAUCAUGUUUUUCCGCUUAUGGCUAAUGGGUGGAUCCAUGCCACUGUUCUCAGAGCAAGACAAUCCAGCAUCCUUCUCUCCAUAUCUGCUCACCAGGUUUUUUACAUACUGCUACCUGCUCGCCUUCAAUGCCUGGCUUCUACUGGCUCCCAUAGUGCUUUGCUACGACUGGCAGGUGGGCAGCAUUCCGUUAGUGGAGUCUCUGUGGGACGGACGGAAUAUUGCUUCCCUGGCUUUGGCAGUGGUCAUGCUGGCGCUGAUCCUGAACUGUGUUACAUGCCUACAGAAGAUGAAAGGAAAGGAGGUGUUGGUGGGCCUGCUGUUCCUGGUCUUUCCCUUCAUCCCAGCCAGUAAUCUGUUCUUCCGCGUGGGAUUUGUGGUGGCGGAAAGAGUUCUCUACAUGCCCAGUAUGGGUUACUGUGUUCUGGUGGUGCACGGGCUGAACAGACUGUAUUCAGUGGUCAGUCGGUGGGGAGCAGCCGCACUAACUGUGUCCAUGCUGGUUGUCCUCCUCCUCUUCUCCUGGAAGACCGUCCAACAGAAUGAGAUCUGGCUCUCCAGAGAAGCCCUGUUCAGGUCUGGCAUUCAAACUUUACCUCACAACGCUAAAGUUCAUUACAACUAUGCUAACUUCCUGAAGGACAGGGGACGAAACCAAGAAGCAAUUUACCAUUAUAAAACAGCCCUCAGACUGUACCCUCGACAUGCCAGUGCUCUGAAUAAUCUGGGCACCCUGACUCACCAGGCAGAGGAAGCUGAAGUUUAUUACAGGAGAGCGCUGGAUAUUAACCCUCAACACAACAGAGCUCUCUUCAACCUGGGCAACCUUCUGAAGUCUCAGGGGAAGGAGGAAGAGGCGGAGAGGAUGUUAAAGGAGUCGAUUCGGUUCGGUCCCCAUUUUGCUGAUGCGUACUCCAGCCUGGCCUCUCUGUAUGCUGACCAGGGACGUUCAAAAGAAGCAAAUGAGAUUUAUAGCACGGGUAUUGAGAACUGCCCUGACAGUUCUGACCUCCACAACAACUACGGCGUGUUCCUGGUGGACACAGGUCAUGGGGAUCGUGCAGCCUCUCAUUACCAGGAAGCGGUGCGUCUCAAGCCAUCUCACUAUGUUGCCAUGGUGAACCUGGGUCGUCUUCUUCGCUCGUCCAAUGACAAUAAAGAGGCGGAGCUAUGGUACAAAAGGGCACUGCAAGUGGUUCGUAAAGUGGAAAUCCUGACCCCUCUUGGGGCUUUAUACUACAACACCGGUAGAUAUGAGGAAGCACUGGAGGUUUACAGAGAGGCGGUCACACUUCAGCCUGACAGCACUGACAUCUGGCUCGCCCUGGCGCAGGUUUUAGCCAUGGCAGGUCACUCUGCGGAGGCCGAGAAAUUGACCCUGGGCAUCAUUUCAAAGACCAGCAACUGCAUUGAAUGUUACCGCUUGUUGUCUGCCAUCUACAGCAAACAAGGCAACCACACUGAGGCUCUGGAUGCAUUGAAGACAGCACUGCAGCAGGAGCCGUCAGACCCUGCGGUGAGGGCCGAGCUGCACUUCUCAAUGGGCAACCAGCUCCGAGAGAUGAACGAGCUCGAUCGAGCCUUCCAGAGCUACAAACUUGCUGUUGAGCUCAAACCGGACCAAUCACAAGCCUGGAUGAAUAUGGGCGGCAUUCAGCAUAUCAAGGGAGACUAUGCAGCAGCACGAAUGUACUACCAAAGAGCUCUUCUCCUCUCACCCGGCUCCAAACUGCUGAAGGAAAACCUGGCCAAGCUGGACAGACUAGAGAAAAAACUCCAAGGGGCCUAGAGGAAAAAAAUGUGACCUGAACUGUGGGCCACAUGAUGAAGGACAAGCAACCGAGAGCCCGAAGGGUGAAGAGAGGGAGUGAACUAAGACAUGCAAACUAGGGUUUAGACUCAGGAGAUGAUUGAUGACUGCUUCCGUCCCCUCCAGAGUUUACAGAGAGCCUCUCGGAUUGAACUAAUCCAAAAGACUGAAUGUUUUAGCCUCUACAUCCAGGGCUGGACCACGCAGAUACCGUUGACCUCAACACAUCACUGCAGUAUCUCACAGCAACAUAUUUCACAUGUUUUUCCCCACGUGUCAUCCCAAGCACUAUUUGCGCGUUCUUGUUUGACUCGGAGCAGAAGCACCAUCAUCUCUGAGAGGGAUUUUUUUCGGAGCCGUUCCCCUCAAACACUCCUGCUCCGUUCUGCUUCACUGAUUGCAAAAACCUCAGAAAGCAUAUCAGAGCAAUGCUGCGAGUUAUCAUACAUGACUAGCGCUGCUGAUCAGUUGUGGGUGGUCUGCUUGUAUCUGGUUUUAUUUUUUUUCACGUAAUGAUUUUUAAAUGAAGGGAGAGUCGUUCAUCAUGUGCUUUAAUUCGAUCUCGUCUAUCUUGUACAUGCAUCAAUAUUGUGGAAUGUAUUUGGACUAAAGGCAUAUCGACCUGUGCAGUUAAUUACAUAUCAUUUUUAUCCUCAUAAGCUAUAAAACUGAAGUCUCUUUGAAUUGGAAUUACGAAUACCUAAUGACAUUAUCCUUGAACUGGGUCAUUAAGUGGAUUUUAGUCAUAUUUGGGGUGGCUGGAGAUUGUCCUGUGGUACUCUUGAUUACACCGUAAUCUUUGCACUUACAUUUGGUUGCCAUAGGAACUGUUAUCAAGAACAUUUCUUGAAUUCGGCAGAAGCAGCUGCCGUGCUAAACAUGUCAUAGCAGAAACCAAUGUGAAGUAAUGUAUGAUUAUUUAAUAAAUAUUAUCCAAUACCA